CUUCAGGCUCCGGGAUCAUCACAUCACUCCCACAGAAACUCCUCUGAAGUAAAGCGAGCAACACGGAGCAGAGACCAUGGGAUUUUAAACUGGAAAAACUCGACAUGAAGACAUAUUUGUAGUUUUAUCAUUCUUUAUUUUUAUUAGCGUGUGUGUGUGUCUGUGUGUAUGUGUGUGUGUGGUUCUCCGUGGAACAAGUUUACACCUUUGCACUGGAUGCUGAGAUGCGCAGAAAGUGACAGCGGUCCUUUUCUCUUCUACAGUCCUCAACGAGUUAUAAAACGCCAUGAAAGACGACUUUGCAGACGAGGAGGAAGUUCAGUCUUUUGGAUACAAGAGGUUCGGGAUCCAGGAGGGCACCCAGUGCACUAAGUGUAAGAAUGAAUGGGCGCUGAAGACCUCCAUAGCUCUGCUAUAUGUGCUGUGUACGCUCCUCACCAUCGCUGUAGCUGUGCUGGGAUAUAAAGUGGUGCAAAGAGUCGACAACGUGUCCGAAGGCAUCGCCAACUAUGGAGGAAAGAUAAUGGCCGUUGAGACUGUUUUGAAAAAGAUGGAUGAUCAAGCGGGAGAGAAGUCGGAGAAUACCACCACAGAAAUCCAGGCUUUUAAGAACAACAUCUGGACUCUCCAGAGGCAGCUGUCUGCGGUGGAGGAACGCAUCCACAGCGAUCAAGUUAAGCUGAGUCAGCUGCAGAACAUUGGCUCAGACAUCCAGAACAGCCAGGGCUCCAUUCAGGGGCUGCUGGAUAGCAACACAGCCACCUUGCACUAUGUGAACGGCACCCUGCAGUCCUACGGCGGCAUGAUCGGGGGUCUGCAGGACGACACGGCCAUGCUGCAGAGAGAGCUCCAGCAGCAGGUGAAGCUCCAGCACCAGGCGCUGCUCAGCAUCAGCAGCCUCAACUUCACCCAGGCCCAGCAGAGAGGCCUCAUCGCCGUCCUGCAGCGAUCUGUGGACGACACCAGCCAGGCCAUCCAGAAAAUGCGCAAUGACUUUCAGAGUCUGGAGCAGAAGGCCCGGCAGACACGCUCCGACACCGACUGGCUUCGUAUCAAGGUGGAGAACCUGCAGGGCAUGGCGAGCAACACCUCGGCUCUCGCAAAAGCCAACAACGACAGCCUGGAGGAGGUGGGCUCGCAGCUCGCUUUUAUGUCCAACCAGCUCCAGAACACCAGCAGCUUGACCGACGCUCACGACCAGACGCUGAGGGAGGUCCUGGACCGGCAGAGGGACUUCGGUAACCUCACGUCCACCAAGUUCGACCGACUGGAGGUGCGGCUGGAUGAGUCGGAGCAGAGCAUGGACCGCGUGACGGGCAACAUCAGCUUCACCACGCAGCUCCUGGGCGCCAUCAACCUCAACCUGAACGACCUGCGCACUUGUUCCGAGACCGUCGGCCGGCACUCGGACUUCUUGCUGAACCUCAACAACAGCGUGACGGACGUGAGGUCGGAUGCAACCAGUCUGAGGACUCAGCAGGAAGAGCUGGCAGCACGUGUGGACAAGGAGGUCACCAACCUCUCCAUCGUCAUGGAGGAGAUGAAGCUGGUGGACACCAAGCACUCACAGCUAAUAACCAACUUCACUAUUUUAACGGGUCCCCCUGGUCCCAGAGGGCCAAGAGGGGACAAAGGACCCCAGGGACCAGCUGGUCAGCCAGGCCAAAAAGGAGAGAAAGGGGAAAAGGGUGUUCCAGGGUUACGAGGAACUAAAGGCGAGCCGGGAUUCCCAGGACAACCAGGUCUGCCAGGGUUGAAAGGCCUGCCCGGCGUACCUGGCAGCCCCGGAUCCAAGGGCUCCCGAGGGUCUGGAGGAAGGGCCGGACCUCCUGGAUCUAAGGGUGAGCCAGGUACUUCUGGUCUGCCUGGAAGAGACGGGCAACCUGGUCCUCAGGGGGCGCAGGGCCCACCGGGGAUCAGAGGUGCAAUGGGACCAGCUGGGGAGCAAGGACCAAGGGGGCUGCCGGGACCAGUGGGGCCUCCGGGGCCUCCAGGACUACCAGGACAACCAGGGAUCCCAGUCCAAGCUCCAUUAACUCCUCUGGGCCCCGUGUCUCUGCAGGAUGAGGCAGUCGCUCCGACGCUGUGGGCCCCAGGAUGCCCUCCUGAGUGGAUAAACUACAGAGACAAGUGCUACUUCUUCUCCAAAGACCUGCACAGUUUCAACGACGCAAAGGCAACAUGUGAAUCAACGUCUGCUUCUCUGUUGAUCAUCAACGAUGUGGAGGAACAGAAAUGGCUGAAGAAGCAGACCUUUGGAAAGGGUUACUUCUGGAUGGGUCUGACCGACAGGCAGGAGGAGAACGUUUGGCGCUGGCUCGAUGGGACUGAACCUGCUUUCACGAAGUGGAAGCCUGGUCAGCCUGAUAACUGGGGCCAUGGACAUGAGAUGGGAGAAGACUGUGCGGGUCUCAUCCACGAGGGGCUGUGGAACGAUUUCUUCUGUGAAGAUCUCAUAAGCUACAUCUGUGAGAAGGAAAUGGAGACAUUGAGCUCGCCUGGAUCGUAGCGACGUACGUCCCUGAACGGGAGCUUGCAGGGAGCAGCUAGACUUGGCCCAUGUGGCACUGGUCCACCGACACAGCACAUGGAGAGUCCGCACGUACGGAGAGAGCAAAGAGACUUUUUUUGAAAUGAGCCAGGGGCUGCAGCAGCGAAACGUCUCCUCGGUGCUGAAGAGACGUCUUUCUCCUCCAAAGUGAACCCAGUCCAACAUCACCAGCAAGUGCAAUACAGCGGGGCAAUCACAAUAGGAGGACUUUUAUUUUUUAAAGUACCAAAUCACCAAUUGAUUUAUAUAUAUAUAAAUAUUUUUAUAGCUAUUUGAAAUGCAUUUUAUAAAACUGUAUUCCACGUGCAACUGAAUAUCUGAAUGUAUAUUUCAUUAUGCAAGUUUUGUAGGAUUUCUAUGAGGCUAAGUGGACUUACCGUAGUGCUUUUCACAACAUGUAUUUGUCUUAAAAUGAUGCAAAAUGAUGCGCAAAAAAACAUGACAUGACGCUGAUAUGCUAUCUUUGAGGAACCUGUUAUCUAACCUCAUGAAUGUCUUUAUAGCAUUUUCAUUUAUAAGAGUAGAACCAAAUGUAUUUACACAUAAAUACAGGAAAGUGUCACAAUCAGCUUGAGUUUAACUACAAGACUGCACGUUUACAGUUUAAUACUCUGUGUAUGAUACAGCAUUUUGUGAUUAUGAGAUUUAUUUUCACUAUUACGGACGUACGUUAUGAAUCUGAAUCUGUGGAUCCUACCUACGAAUAUUAAAUGUGCCAUUUUCUGCACUCAGGUACUGUUUCCUGUUAAGAAAAAACACUUGAGUUUAAACAACACUACGAAAGAUGAAGGAAACACUCACAAAUAAAUAUGUAAAAA